AUGGCACCUGAAAAACUAGCCCUCGCCAGCAGCAACCAUACCCCAGUCACCAAGUUCAUCUUGCUGGGAUUCUCCGACUACCCAGAACUCCAGGAGCUUCUCUUUGGAACCUUCCUGACUUCCAUGACUGUGGCAGGCAACCUGGGGAUGAUGCCACUUAUCUGCACAGACUCUGGUCUCCACAGCCCCAUGUACUUCUUCCUCGGCGUCCUCUCUUUUCUUGAUAUUUGCUACUCUUCUGUGGUCACACCCAAGCUCUUGGUCAACUUUCUGGCCUCUGACAAGCCCAUCUCCGUCGACGGCUGCGUGGUCCAGCUGACCUUCUUUGUAGUGCAUGUGACAGCAGAGAGCUUCCUGCUGGCCUCCAUGGUGUAUGACUGCUUUGUGCCCAUCUGCCAACCCCUCCAUUAUGGUUCUGUCAUGACCCAGGGGACCUGUCUCCAACUGGUGGCUGCUUCUUAUGCUUUCGGUGGAGCCAACUCUGCUAUCCAGACUGGGAAUGUCUUUGCCCUGCCUUUCUGUGGGCCCAAUCGGGUGACACACUACUCCUGUGACAUACCGCCCCUUUUCCACCUGGCUUGUGCUGACACGGCCAGAGCAGAAACAGUCCUCUAUGCCUUCUCUGCUCUGGUCACCCUUCUGCCCACCGUGGUCAUCCUCAUCUCCUACAGCUUGGUCUUGGUGGCCAUUGGGAAGAUGCAUUCGACAGCUGGGCGGGAGAAGGCCCUCUCCACAUGUGCCUCCCACUUCCUGGUCGUUGCCAUCUUCUAUGGCACUGUAGUUUUCACCUACGUCCAGCCCCAUGGAUCCAAUGACCAAAGUGUCACCAACGGCCAAGUAGUGUCUGUUUUCUACACCGUCGUAAUUCCCAUGCUCAACCCCUUCAAAUACAGCCUCCGAAACAAUAAGGUGAAGUUUGCCCGGCAGAGGAAGCUCCAGGCCAGUAUCUUUCCCCGGAUGAGACCUGCAAGCUUAUCUGUUGGUUGA